AUGACGACGGUAGAUGAGUUAAAGAAUUAUAAAAAGACGGAGCUGGUCACUAAAGCGCGGGAAUUGAAUCUUUUAUUCAAAAGCACAGACAAGAAGGCAAAGAUAUUCAAUCUGAUUGUAGAUCACCUGGAUGCAGUGGCUCGUGAUGGCAAGCAUGAGGGUAGUCAACCAGGCGACGACGAAGGCGCAAACGCAGACGCUUCAAAGUCACCCCCACAUUAUCAAACAGACGGUAAACGCGAGGUAGAUGAUGCAAAAGAACGCGAUGCAAGUAAAUCAAUGCGAGAAAUUAAAUAUACAGAGCCCGAUGAGCAGUCUCUUACACCGUUACCUGAUGCAUUUGAAGCCGACAACAACAGAGGCAGAGAAGCAAGCACACGUACCACACCAAUACUAGCAUCUUCUACGCCUAGAAAAGUGACAAGGGGCAGACCUAGAAAGCAUAAAUCAUCUGGUGAGGAGUGGAGAGUAACAAAAGAAUCAUCAGCGCCACGUCCAACUAUCCGAAGAGUGAGGUCUGUCUCAGUCUCACAUGUACACCGAAAUACAACCAGCCUACCGUUUUCAAAAGGUACUCCACAAAGGAGAGAUAAUAUUCGCAGCUCUUCCUCUGGCUACAAAACACCUGCAAUACGCAAGUCCCCUCGCUCAUCCCACAAUGUUCGCGACUCAUUCGAUGAGGCUGACCUUACGAAACCAAAGUCUACACUUUUUUCUACAGAAUCCGAUCAUGAAGCAAACCAAGAACUAAAUCAAGAUCCAAAUCACAAACCAAGUUCUGAACCUGAAGCAGUGAGAGAUGCGUCUGUAGAGCAACUGCAAGAUGAUGAUGAUGAGGCGGGUUCGGAGCCUGUCGCAGCAUCACACAUGAAUCCUGAAAGUGCAGAAGACGUAGAGGUAUAUGAAGCGGGUGAGAAGGACAGUAAUACUGAUAGUGAAAGUGGAAGUGAUAGUGAUAGUGAUAGUGACAGUAAUAAUCAGGGUCGGAAUCAUAGUCAUAAUGAUGAUGAGGUUACUGAAACGAAUCAGCAAACAGAAUUACCUUUCUCACAAAGGCAACAAGAGAUUGGUAUCGAAAACGAACUGCCUAGAUUGAACGAUCCAUAUCCAAAUUUCAGAGCACAGAGGCUUAGAAUAUCACUUCCCGACGAGUCCCCAGUCCCACUAUCAAUGUCCAAGCCGUUAUCACGUAAAAUCACCAGCAGUACAAUAUCUAACAAGAUUGAAACUGAGUUGAUGAGGGAAAUGCAGAAAGAUCUCAACAUUUCCAAGUUUAAUCACGCGACAUUGAAGCAAGCGCUGAGUGAUACAAACGAGGAACGCAAUCGGGCUGUUUCAUAUUUACAAUUGCAGAUAGAUGAGUCAAACAAGAAAACUGAAGCGCGUGACAGUGAGAUACAUGAAUUAAAGGUAGAGGUUAACCAAAUGAAGGAGAGUGUAGGGUCGAUGUAUGACGAAAUGAAGCCAUUAAAGGAGAUGAUAGAAAGCAUGAGUAGGCAGCUACUUCAACAAGCUCAAUCAUCUCAACCUACUCAAUUGCCUCAAACAUCUCAUGCUCAACCUCCAAGCUCACCAGCUUCUACCAUUGCUGCGAAUAUUCCCCUGUUGUCGCGCGCAUCUAUUAAUCAGCCUACACCACGCAAUAAGACAAUCGAAAGAGUGCAACAGCACACACAGAAGCAAGAGCUCGCCAAUCCAUCACCUGCACCUCGCACACUUGGCAAGCACCCACGUCCUCGCGAUUCCACAGACAGCGAUAUAGUGGAGACGAUACGAGAUAGCGGACACCACAUGUAUGACGAAGCAGAAGACGCUCAACCACCGAAGAAGAGAUUCAGAGCAGGGUCAAAUUCUUGGGGCGGUGCUCUCGGUUUCGGGGGUCGCAGAGAAUCGAAUGGAUUAGCGCCAGCACCAUUACCAGCACAUACAUUUGCCAUGCCAAUUUUUGGACCACAAUUCAAUGACGCCGCACCGAGAACGCAGUCAGAGUCAGCUGGUGACGAUGCAAACGAGAUGGGUGAAGAAGGUGAGGCAGACGAACAGUCAGGAGGGCGGAAAGACAUCAGCGCACACUCCAAGGACACUACGAUUGGAAAAGACGCUCCCCCACCAACGCCACCAGCUACAAAAACGCGUUACGGGACAGAGCGAGACUACGACAAUCGCUUUGCUGAUUAA